AUGCAGCUUUUCCUAGUUUUCACUGUAAUCGUUUAUUUUGAAUUUCAAGAAAUUCUCGCCGCAAUUUUAAUGGAAGGAAUUGACAAAAAACGCACGAUUUCAGAUUUCCCAAUCAAACCUAGACGAACUAAAGGAACUGUGUCUUUUACAUAUCGUAAUUAUUUCGCUUCUGCUGUUCUGGGAGUUGGAAUACUUAUAGGAAUUGGUUACAUGGUUCUGCCGGCAUCAUCCGGUGCAAGGAAAUAUUUUUAUGAUAAUAUGGAAAGAUCCGAGGAAAGUAAAUUACAAGCGCGUAUGACACCUUUUGUAGUUUAUAGGAAAAGUAAAAAUAUAAUUAUGGAUAAAUCAAAAGAUAAAAAGGAAAGACAUCACGAAGAUGACAACGUUGUCGAGAAAUUUUUGAACUCAAAAAAUGUUUUUAAUGAUUCUUCAUCGUGUAAAAAGCAAAAAUUAGACGAAACAUGUGAAGAUCCGGAAGAGAGUUUAAAAUUAUUUAAAAACUAUAAAAGUCGAAAUGUUAAAUCAUCUGUUGCUUCAAAUGCCUCAUCCUCAAAUUCGAGUGUUACAAAUUUUAUUAAUAUUUCGGGAAAAAGUAAAUUACAAAAAGCACCAGCAUUACGCGUGAGAAGAAAACAAACAUCCAAAAAGAAAUUGUCACAACAAGAAAAAAUAUUUAAUUAUGUUGUAACAGAAAAUUGCUUACAAGAAGGAAUCGAUCCAGAAGAAAUGCAACUCGCAAUUGCUCUGUCUGAAUCUAUGAAAGCAAAUGAAAAAGAGUCUAAUGAUGAAAGUCUUCCCUCGAAAUUUGAAAAUCCUUUCGCCAACACUGGAAAAGUUCAACCAAUUGGAUCAAUGCUCGAACGAUUUGGAUUUAAAUGUAAAAAAACUUACAGUGAAUAUGAACUCGACUUAAUAACAUGCAAAGGUAACAAAAGAUCAAAGUUUCAGAAGUUUCCAACAGUUCUCACGAGAACUUCUGAUGAGAAGCGAAAGGAAAGCAUUAGAAAUAAAAUUGAAUAUAUUCUUAGUCAAAACUCAACCUUGGCAUCCGAUAAUGAGAACAGCGAUGAUGGAAACUCUCAUUAUGAAGUUUUUAGUUUCAAUCUUCAAGAUUUUCAUGAAAACAAUGGAAAUAGUGUUUUUAAGAUUAACAACGAAGGUCGCUUAACUGCAAAUAUUUUGCUGGACUAUUACGUCACUGACUUGUUUACUCCAUCAUUUUUGAAAGCUGAUCAUCUGUUGAAGAGUUGGAAUGAAAUACCUGGAAGAGAACAUUCUCCUGAAAAGAUUGUCGUGGAAAUUUAUGAAAAUAUUCCAGAAGCUUCGAUGAAUUCACCUGAAGUAGAUACUUCAAGUUGUGCCGAUCUUUUUGCUGAUAUUGUUGAGAAUGAAAAUGUUUCUGAGUGUCCAGUCUUAUUAGCAGAUCAUUUGGAAGAUCUUCAAAGUAAGCUUUCAAAUUCAGCAAUGUGUAUCGAUACAAAUGAUGAUACUGACGACAUUAAGAGUCAAUCUGAAAUACCAAAAACUGAAGAGGUGUUAGAUUUGAAAGAAAAUUCGACAAGGGAAAGCACAAUAGUCGCUGAAAUACCUUACGAUGAUUCUUAUUAUACGCUAAAGCAUCGCAUUGAAACACUUGAUAAUAAUCGCAAAAACGAACUAGUUGAGAUUGAUUUGGUAUCGAGUGAAGAAGAAAAUAAUUUAAUUAAAGAAACAAGUAAUGAGAUAUCUGACAGUGACCAACUUGAUGACUUCAAAACCAGUCAAAAUUCUUCACAUGAUGAUGAUGUAAUUGUUUUAUCAGACGAAGAAAUCAAUUAUUCGAUUAAAAAUCAUAUUCAAAAUUCACAAUCAAUUGAAUUGGAUGAUAACGAGGAUUCGAUUGAUUUGACUCAAAAUGAAGAAAGAAUUGAAGAAGUUGAAAUCAUCAAUCAGAUGGAUAAAUCUUUAAUUGAUGUCAUGGAUUGUCAAGAUACCAUCUCAAUUAAUGAAACUGUUUUAAAUCUUCUUGAAACUUCAUUUAUUCCCCAUAAUAUUAAACAUGUUAACGAUGAGUUGUCAGAAAGCAUUGAAGACAUAAUGCAGAAGUAUGAUGGUGACAUUGACACGAAAAAGAAUUCUCGUUGCAGCUUCCAAAAAAUAAAAUCUGCUUCGCAAAUAGUCAACGAGAAACAAAAUAAAUCAGUUCGUUUUUCACUCGUUGAUGAAGAAAAUAAUAUCAACAAAUCAUUUCAUCAAUCUCAAGAAAAUGUCUUCAGAACGUCAUUAGUUAUGCCAACAAAACUUACCACCAAACAACAAAGGAAGAAGAGCCUUGGCAUAAAUAUUGAUGAUGAUUACUUCAUUGAUAUCGAAACUUUCUUUCCUGAACCAGAGUUUGAAAACAUGAAUGUAGUUGAAUUAAAGCGAGAACUUUCUAAACUUGGAAUGCGAGCAUUGCCUACUAGAAAAGCAACUGAAGUUUUAAAAUCCAUUUAUGAACAGAUUCAUCCCAAGAUUCAAGUCAAAACUGUUGAAGAAAUUGAUAAAAAUGAUUCUCGUUUCGCCUUAAACUUCACUGAUAUUGUCACAAACAUUGGGAUUCAAGAACAAGAUGACUUCAUUUUCCAACUCGACGAGCUUGAAGAUGAGAUUUGCGUGUUGCCGAAAAUUAGAAAAUCCAAAGUUCACAGUUGUGUAAUUCCACUUCAUAUUUCUUUUUACAACAUGGUUCGUUCAAGUAAAAAGCUUCAAAAGUUUAUUCUUGAAUUUCGUCCCGUUGAGCUUGAUCAAAUUCAUAAGCAUUUCCGAAAGUUUGGAUUAAGUUAUCAACCUAAUGACAUCAUUGGUUUUCUUGAUAGAAGAUGCAUAACUUUUAAGACAAAAGACAAAUCUUAUUCCAAAGUUCACGAGCGGAAGAAGCAAAAGCGAGCAACACAGAAAAGUCAGCGUUGAUGUCAUUUUCUAUUAUAAUUUCUAAAUUUCUUUUUCAUGUUAAUACAAUAAUAAAAGAUUGAAAUAAAUUUGUUACUUUUAAAAAACA